CGGCAGAGAAUUUGAUGUUCCAAAAAAGUGACUAAUCGUAAAUUAUUUUAUCUACACGUUACAGAAUACGUAUCUACCCGCAUCAUAGGAGGAACAUCGCACACAAAGCACUCCUUCACUGUCUGCUCCAUAUAUCCAAUAUUGGAUAAACUACUCAAAGCGCGCCUCGUUCCUCAGUCAUCGUUUAGCUAACAUCAGCGGUGGAUGUACAUUGGCGGAAACAAAAAAUAAACACUACACAAAUUGACAUAGGAAUUUUUUCAAGAAUUCAGAGUCAACAAACAGUUCAUAAGAUCAAGCAAACACGCUGAAAGUUCGUCAACCGAUAGUAUUGUUGAAAGUUAACCCUAGAGCGACUGGUAGUGGGAAAAAUGGCGCAGCAAGUGCAACAAAUUUUUAAAACUGCGCUCAAGGUCACGGGCACGGGACGAUCGAUGUCGACCGGCGUUAUGGGACCGAUUGAAGGCAACUUCCCAUCGAAACGCGGCCAAGGUCUGCACGUCUCUGUUCAGCGUGACUACCCAGUGGCUGCCGUCUUGCCCAUACCGGACAACAUUGACCCGGCCGAGACCACUCGUUUUUCCCCGCAACGUGCCCGGGACAUCAACUCGUCGGCCAUUAUCACGCAUCAAUCGUCUUUCGUUGCCAACCAUAUCGAUGUGACCGUGGACAACUCGCAUGCGUCAGUCAAUCGUGCCGAUCCCCACAUCCAGUCGUACGAUUGUCGCGGUGCCGUCAACCUAAAUUCCGCCAUGCAGAGUAACGUUCCGAGUCCAUUCGGUGGAAUGCACAAAUUUUCCCAUCUCAACAUGCCGGGUGGAGGUUGGGCUCAGGAAGGGAAAUAUCUAGCCCAAGACCUGCAUUCAUCUCACUACACCAACUUGCGCCAGGAGGUGCGCUCCAACUGGUCUAGUUACGAGGAUAAACCACAGAAAGGUACUUUAGGAUUGCUAGAACGAUAUUAUAGCAGGUUACUUCAGCAGACUAACAAUGUACAUAGUAAAAGUUGCAUAAGGAAAUUUUCGCUCAAUAACAAUACAUUGGCCACAAAAGAGGCGCCGAAUGCUAAACAAAUGACUGAGGAACGGGCAUCUGCUGAGACACAGUCAGAUGCGACACCAAUGACGCGCAGGGAGCGACUUAAAAAAGCUAUCAAGGAGUAUGGUUCCACCGUGAUUGUGUUUCACGUUGGAAUCAGUCUGGCAUCCUUGGGUGCUUGUUACGUUUUGGUGUCUAGCGGAAUAGACAUGGUGACACUGUUGGAACGUGUUGGUUUGGCCAACUCGGUACUCGCCAAUAAAGCCGGUGCCGGCGCAGGGACGUUCGUGAUCGCCUACGCAAUCCACAAGGUAUUUGCACCGGUUAGAAUAAGCAUAACUCUCGGCGCAACGCCUCUUAUAGUUAGGUAUCUACGAAAGCGCGGUGUUUUGAAGUCACCACCACCUGCUAGUGGAACAAGAUGAAUUGUGUUUGUGUAGAAAUUUAGGCAUCAAUUGGCAAACGGUUAUGACUCUAUUAUUAUUUUUUUGUGAUGGGAAAUAAAAUAUACAAAUAGAUCA